AUGGACUACAUCCAGGGAUUCAUGCAGCAACCGAAACCGCAAUCUGCAGAUGAGACAAUCCCGACUCUGUGCGACAGAGUGGACAACUCAACGCGCAUCAGUGAUAGACGGUCCGCUAUUCUAGGGCUGAAGUCGUUCAGUCGACAGUACAGGGAAUCCGUGAUUGCAUCCGGGUUGAAACCGCUGUUGAGCGUCUUGGAGAGAGACCACGAGGACGACAGUUCCGUGAAGGCCAUCCUGGAGACGCUUCUGAUCUUGUUUAUUAGAGGGGAGAGCGACGAUGAUCUGACGAGGAAUUGGAUCUCCCAGCAAUCGAGGUUGCAGAACGGGAAGUAUCCGUCCCCGUUGGUGAUGAAGCAGGAACAAGAGACCAUUGACCAGUUCUCGAUGUGGAUUGCUGACGCAAUCAUUCAGUCCAAGGAACUGAUCCAUCUGAUAAUCAACUUCUUGGAGACCGAGGAUUUCCACAUUAGAUUAUACACGGUGCAACUGCUCGAGGCGCUGCUGGCAACAAGGCCUGCGAGGGCGAGGGGCACCAUUGUAGAAUUACCAACAAGUGUGUCCACAAUGGUGGCAUUGUUGGACGACGUGCACGAACCGAUUAGAGACGAGGCCAUUUUGCUGCUUAUGGCAUUGGUGAACGACUCCCCACACGUCCAAAAACUCGUUGCCUUCGAGAAUAUCUUUGAGAGAUUGUUUAUCAUCAUAGAAGAGGAGGGCGGCCUAAGGGGCUCGCUGGUCGUUAACGACUGUCUGUCCCUCAUCAACAACAUCCUGAAAUAUAACACAUCAAAUCAGUCGCUUUUUCUGGAGACUGGUAACUUGCCCAGGUUACGACGGGUGCUUGAUGAACCUCUAUCUGCCGAAGAGGAUUUUUUCUGGAACGAUCAAAGAAUCAGCAAUAUAAGCACAGCAUUUGAUAUCGUCUCCUUGAACGUCGAGCUAGGCAAUUCACACACUAAUAACCACCAGAUAGUAUUAUUAGAGUCCGGUGUCUUAAUGGUUGUUCUACGCCUGGCAUUCUAUUAUAACAUUCCAAAACGAGUUAGACCUGUGGCACUGCUGACCGCUGCGAACAUGAUCAGAGAUAACGAGGCUGUUCAGAACGAAUUCGGUAAAAUUGACGUUCCAUACUUCGACCCAACUGUUACAACUCCUAUUGCCGAAAAGGAUCAAAUGUUGGUUCCUGUGAUAGACCUACUGGUUAACUGGGCCCUUUAUGCAAACUCGGUGCAUACAUUCAAUACCAGAGCUGCAGCUACAGAACUGUUGAAAUCAUAUCUAAGUGGUAACUUUGUUGUACAGUCCAAGUUUCUUACGUACCAGAUUGAAAGAUACAAUGGUAGAUUUGACCCCAAGAAGAACGAGGCAAAUGGCUCCAGUACCAAAAUCCUGAAAAGUAACCUUUUCGAAGUUCUACUCAGUUACGACCCGGAUAUCACAUUAAACCCUUAUAAAAUUUACUUCACUACCGACAUUCUAAUGUAUCUAAUUCAACGGGAAAGCAGUGGGACUACAGAUUUGAGGGAAUUGCUCAAUAAGAUACAGACAGAACCAAGCAUUGAGGAUGACGAACCUUUAAACAUCGUGGAAACCGUUUCAGAACUGUUGUUAACCACAUUGACAGUAAAGGAUAUUCGUGUGCCCAUUUCGUACAUCUCCUUUGUUGUAUUCUGGUUGUACGGCGAUGUGAACGUGGUGAACAAUUUUUUGUCAGGUAAAUCAAUAAUUGAUUCCCUGCUGUCCUUUUCUUAUCAGAUAGAAGAUGAGGAUAUCACCAUCAAGUGUCUUGUGACCAUGUUGUUAGGUGUUGCAUACGAAUUCUCCUCAAAGAAUUCGGUGUUCCCUAGAAAAGAAUACUUUGAUUUCAUCGCAAAAAGGCUAGGUAAAGACAAUUAUCAGUCUCGUAUCAAACAAUUCAAGGAAAACUCUCUUUUCGCUCAAGCUAAGGAGGACUUUGACUUCUUUAACCCUACCCUAGACGAUACAGGUUUGCCCAACUUGUACUUCAGUUCGUAUUUUGUCCAUUUGAUCAAUGAGAAUAUCUAUAGAAUCAGAACCGCAUUGAAUCACAGUCCCGAUCAGGAACCUUAUUUAAAGCUGUCAUUUGAGGCAUUUGAACAGUUGCAAGAAAAAUGCUCCGUUCUUGAAAAGAAUAUUGAAGCACUACAGUCUGAGAGUGUCAGCUCUACUGAGGUCUUAACCUCUAAAUUGAACAAAUUAUCGAAGGAGCAUACAGAGGUUGUAGAAGAGUACGGUAAGUUAACCGAGGAGCAUUCUGUGCUGCUUGAUAAGUACAAUGACAUCGAUGAACAACUGGAGGAUAUAACUGAAAAAUUGGAACAAAUGACUAAAGAAAAGGAGCGGCUGGACCUUCUUCAGAAAGAAAUGGUAGUUAACCUCGAGACCAAGGAUUCACACUUGGAAGAACUCGAUGAGAGCACAAAAGCUUUGAAUGAUAAACUGAAACAGAUGACUGUCAUGAAGGAGAAAGCUGAAGAAGGGAUUAAUAAAAUGAGUCGUGAACUAUUUGCCUUGAACAGAAACAACCAGACCUUGGACGAAAAGAUCAAACAACAGGCAAAAGAUCAAGCGAAGGAAAAUGAAAAGCGCCUCAAGGAAAUCAAGACCUUGAAUGAUACCAUUUCUUCUAAAAAUAGUGAAAACUCUAAACUGAAUAAUAAAAUCAAAGAACUUGAAACUCAAAAGAAAUUUCUGGAGGAUGAGAGAACCACUAUCUUGAAGGAAUUAGCCGAAUGGAAAUCCAAGUUCCAAAGUCAUGAUUCGCUGGUCCCUAAACUAACUGAAAAAUUGAAGUCUUUGGCGAACAAUUAUAAAGACUUGGAAAUUGAAAAUACUAAUAUAAAGACACGUUUGAAUGAAGAACAAAGCAAACACUUAUCUGAGGUGUCUGAUCUAAAUGAAAAGAUCGAGUCGCUGGAGAGAACUGAGAUAUCAUUAACUGAGGAGAAAAAGGACCUUGAAACAAAAUUAUCUUCAUUAGAGCAUGAGAUCAACUCGUUCAAGGGUGAUCAUGAUACAAAAAUUGAACAAUUAUGCACUGAGAAAGAUGGUCUUGAGCAACAAAUUGAACAAUUGACCAACAGUUUAAAGAAGUCUGACGAAGAAAAGGAGAAUGCUAGGCUUGCUGUAACCGAUCUUACUACUAGGCUGGAUGGUAUGAAAAAAGAAUAUGAAGAACGUGAAGUUACUUUUGAAGAGCUCGAAAAGAAUGCUCAAACGGAAGCUGCUCAGAUAUCUGAAAAAUUGAAAAAGGCAGAGGAGGAUGUUGCAGCGCUCGAAAACACAAAGGCCAAGCUUUUUUCUGAAAUAAAAUUACAGGAAAACGCAAUCGAAAAGUCGAAAGAGACAAUUACUGGGCAUGAAGGGACCAUAGAACAACUCAAUGGUAGGAUUGCUGAUUAUGAGGGGACUAUAGAAGAGCUCAAUGGCAUUAUUAAAAGUCACGAAGAGACUAUCCAAGAGCUCAGCAGCUCCAUUGAUGAUCGCGAAAAGAACAUUCAAAAACUCAAUACUUCCAUAAACGAAUUGAACAGUGAGAUUGUAGAGCUAAAAGAAACUAACCAGGAGUUGGAAGAGUGCGUUUCUCGUCAUGAGAAGACAGUAACUGAAUUAAAUGAAAAGAUAGAAAAAUCCGAUCCAAUAAUCAGUUCCUAUGAGGCUGAAAUUAAAGAUUUGAAACAAAAGAUUUCUAGUUCAGAAGAUAAGAUAACCAGUCAGGAGUUAAAAUACAAAGAACUACAAGAAAAGGUUACUCUAUUAGAAAAAGAGAUCGAAACUUUCAAAACAAAACGGGAAGAUUUUGAGAAAACAAUAUUGCAAAGCAAGGAAUUGGGAGUAAGCUUGAAUGAGAAGAACAAAAGUUUGUCUGAGGAACUAGUAUCAGUGCAUAAACUUCAAGAGAAAUGUCAAGCUGAACUGUCCAAAAAGAAAUCAAAAGUUGAGGGUUUGCGUGGUUCGAUCGAAAAGUUGUCCACUGAGAAAGAGAGCUCUGAAAAGAAAGUUGAACAGCUUUUGAAACAAAUUGAAGAAAAGGAUAGUAAUAUCAUCUCCUUGACGGAUGAGAAACAAGCUUUGAACAAAAACCUUUUGAUCAGCAACCAGAAAAUCCAAAAAUUGAAUAAAAACGUAGCGGACAGUACGUCUGAGCAAGUGCGGUUGCAAGAGGAGCUGUCGCAACUGAAGGAAACAAUAAAUGUCAACGAAAAGACGUAUGAACAAAACACUGCCUUGUUAAAAACAGAAAUCGAAAAGUUUCAGAAAGAAAGAACUGAAAAAGAUGUGUUGGUUACCGAAUUACGGGCGAAAGCUUCCAAAUUGGAGAAACAAGUUUCCGAAACGGAACAAGAAAAUGUUCAGAAAGUGCAGACAUUAAAUGAGCAAAUAAAAUCCCUGAAAGAAGAAAAGAACAAAGCUUGUAGCGAAGCAGGAAACCUACAGAGCAAAUUUGAAACCAACAAUGUUGAGUUCGAGUCACUGCGAAAAGAACAUGACCUUGCUUGUGAAAGGUUGGAAAGCAUAGCGAACGACUUGAAAAUAGCGAGCGCUAAGGCAGAUGCCUCGAACACUGAAAAUGUUGCUGCUCAACAGAGGAUAGACAUUUUGAAGGCGGACCUUGGCGAACAAGAUAAGAAAAUAAGAGAAAAUGAAGCGAAUAUUGAGACAUUGAUUAAUGAGAAGGAAAAACUUUUGCUUGAGUUGAAGAGGGUGAAGGCGAAUAUGGAAAAAUCCGGGAAAGAGCAUAAGGAGGAGAUGCAAAAGCUCAAAACUGACCUAAAAGUCAAGACUCAGGAAUUUGAAAAGGAAAGGAAAAUGUUAAACGAAGGUUCCUCAAGCAUUACACAAAAAUACUCUGACAAGGUGACUGAGCUAGAAGAGAAGCUAGAAAAAUCUGAUAAUGAUAUUAAAUCAAAGCUUGAAAUAAUUGAAGAGAUGAAAACUGAUUUUGAUAAAAGGUUGGAGGCACAGCAGAAACUUGCGGACGACCAGGUCAAGGAAGUUGAGGAGCUAAAGCUGAUUAUAUCUUCAAAAUCUUCCAAGUUAGAUGCAAAAGAAGCUGAAUUGAAAAACACAAAGGAUACGAAUGAAAAAUUGCUUUCUGAACUAAAACUGCAAAUAAGUACAUUGGAAAAUAAGAUUUCGGCCAAGGAAAAGGCGCUUGCAGAAACAGAAUCAACGGGCAAAGAAAAAGAAAAGCAACUAAAUUCCCAGUUAGAAGCCCUACAAGAGGAGGUCAAGUUGGCAGGAAAGAAAGCGAAGGAUUCGGUAAGUGGUUUGGAAACUCAAUUGAAUCUGGUUAAGAAGGAUGUUGAAUCCAAAAACAACGAGAACUCAAAACUAGUUGCUGACAACAAAACUUUACAAUUGGAAAAUUCGAAACUUUUGGCUAUCAAGGAGAAGAUAAUAGAAGAAAAAAACGGAAUUGUAGACGACUUGGCCGAGGCCAGAACUGUCGCCGACAAGUUGAAAGAUGAAUGUGCCGCGACUUCCAAGGAACUUCAACUCAUCAAAUCAUCUGAAGAAGAGACUAAGACUGAGAUUUCAGCGAUGGAAAAAUCCAAGAACCAACUGGAACUUUUAUUGGAAUCUUUUAAGGCCAAAGUAUCGGGGUUGGAAAAAGAUCUGAGUCAAAAAGAUUCCAUAUUAGAAGAAACAAGACUUGCACUGGAAAAGUACACCAGUGAGAAUGAGUCUAAACAAAAGGAUCUGGAAGCACAUGUCAAGCAGUUGGAAAGUGAAAAGGAUAGGCUAGCCUCUGAAAUCGAAGAGGAACGGAAGCUGGCUACUGAAAAGUCUAACCAGAAAAUAAUCGAACUUGAAAGCCAAUUAUCCACACUGAAGUUGCAAUAUGAAAAGGACGUCAACGAAGUGCAAACAAAACUUGAGACCAAAAUAAGCCAGUUGAGCGAUGAAUUGGAUUCUAUAACGAAGGAGAAGAUGGAAGUUCAAAACAAACUUCAUUCCCUGACCGAAGAAAAUGAAUCCAUAAAAGAGGCGUCUACUACAGCCAAUAAUAAAGAGAUUGAAAAGCUUCAUGAGGAAAUAAAGUUUUCCGAGAAAAAAGCUGCAGAAAGCAGAAAGGUGUUGCAAGACGAAUACGACGCUAAAGUCAAGAAACUAGCUGAUGAAAUAAAAGCUUUAGGGAAAGAGAGGCGAGAACGAGAAGGGGAACUAACUACCAAAUUAAAAACAUCUGAAGAUAAGUUGAACUCAGUACAAGACGAACUCUCGGCGAGAAUUGAGGCCUUACAAGCGGAAAAAUCUGAUCUUGCCGCAAAACAAGAAAAAGAUUCAAAGGCAGCGGAUGAUAAGCAGGCUGCAUCUGAAAGCAUUUUGAAAGAAGAGAUCGAGAAGUUAAAGAAGGAAAACCGCGCCUUGCUUGAAAAAUCGAAAUUGGAGUCAGAAAAUGUUGCGAAACAAGCUUGUGCUGAGGUCGAGCAACUGAAGAAGAAGAAUGAGGAGUUGACUUCUAAGCUCAAUGACCGGACUGAAAUUGAUGAGCUGAUGUUAUUGGUCACCGAUCUUGACGAAACAAACACCAAGUAUCGUGAAAAGCUGGAAGAACUUGGCGUUGAAUUAUCGUCAGCUGAAGAAGACGAGGAUGACGACGAAGUUGAUGAAGAUGACGAGGCUGAAGAUUAG